AUGGUCGCCUGGUCGAAUCCGCAAGAGCUGAAUGAACAGGCUCAAGCUUUCAAUAAGCUAUUAUUUACUCUUUUCGGUUUAUAUGUGUGGGAGCUGAUCAUGACUUGCGGAUUUGAAUUUUCCCUGAUCACCAGGAAGCGCAAAUUUACCUGGCCUUUGGUGACUUUCUUCUUCUUGUGUCGCUAUUGUAUCUUUUUUGCUGUUGUAGGACUUAUUAUAUCAGUAUCUGUAAAAAAACAGGCAUUGUAUACAUUCAAUUCCUGGGCGGGUAACAUGACAAUUCUCUGCGCGUCAACAUCUCUCAUGCUCAGAACGAUUGCCUUGUGGGAACGACGAGUGGCAGUGGUCCUCCCUCUCGGGGCCCUUUCUCUCGGCCACUGGGCUCUUCUCUAUCGCGAUAUGUUUAUCGUCAAGGCUGCAUGGGACGAAAACGCUGGCUCCUGCGUUGUAGUAUCCACGAACCACCUCCUACUUAACAUCAGUUUCUUUUAUACAAUGGGCUUUGAUCUCGUCAUUUUAAUAUUUACGGCAAUUGCGCUAGGAAGUCACUACAAACUAUCAGGACUCUCUACGCUUCUCUUCACAGAUGGACUUGUGUACUUUUUGGUCACUUUUUCGUUUAAUACCAUUCCUGCUGUGCUCAAUAUCCUCGAUCUGAGCGGUAAGUCUAUUUGA